CAGAACUCGAGACAUAUAUGAUUAUUUAUAUCUUGCAUUGUUUUAGUUGUUUUUUCUUGUACUUUUUUUUUUGUUUUUUGGAUAUGUAUGCAUGACAUUAAUGUAUCUACAUUUAUUUGAUUGUGUUCUUUUCUUUAAAUAUAAUUUUGUCUGCUUUUUUAUUGCAUAUAAUUGAAUUUCAAUUACUAAUUAAGAUUGUAGGAUUAGCACUAUGACUUCAGAUGGAAAACAAGCAGCUAAUGAGAAGAAUAGUACUAUUGGCAAUGUUAGAUGGAGAAAUACUGAGGAUGCUACCCUUGUUAAGGCACUAAUGAGACUUAUAGAAGAUGGUGGUUGGAGAGCAGAAAAUGGUCAGCUCAAGUCCGGUGCUUAUGGGAAGCUUGAAAAAAUAAUGGAGGAUAUACAACCUGGUUGUGGAAUGAAAGCUCGACCACAUAUUGAGUCUCGGGUCAGAUUAUGGAGGAAGCAAUAUUUUGCUAUCGAAGAGAUGCGUGGUCCAAAUUGUAGCGGAUUUGGCUGGAAUGAAUUAGAUAAAUCCAUCACUUGUGAGAAGAGUAUUUUCGAGGAUUGGUUAAAGAGUCAUCCAAAUGCCAAGGGACUAAGAAAUAAAUCAUUUCCAUAUUAUGAUGAGCUUUCUCAAGUAUUUGGCAAAGAUAGAGCUAACGGUGAAUGUGUUGAAAGCCCUGCUGACGCGGUGGAAGAAAUUGCUAAUGAGGAGGAAAAUACACCACAACAAUCCGAACAUCAGAAAGAGAACACUGAAGAUGAGGUAAGUCCCAGGAUAGAUGUUCAAUCUGCUGACACAAAUUCUCGUGCGAAUAAAAGACUGAAAGCAGACUCUUUGGAAAUUGUAAAAGAGCUUACUUUCGGAUUGCAAAAAAUUAGUAAUGUGAUGGAAACCGGAAAUGAGAAUAUUGCAAAGCUAACUAGUUGUUUCCAGCAUGAGUCUGACGGUGCUAAGAAAAGAAGCCUCGUAAACUCUGAGCUUAUGAAGGUUGCGGGACUUACAGCUGAAGAAAUCAUCAAGGCAGGGAGAAAAAUAGCACUUGAUCCUUUGGAGACUGAUUAUUUUUUUAGUUUACCAGAAGAUUUUCGAUCCACAUAUGUGCAAGCCUUGCUUCUUCCUGACUAGUGAUCAAAAUUGAUCAACUUGACCUGCUUAAACACUUUUUUUAUUAUUAUGUUUUUUUAGAUUUUUCAUUUCAAUUAUUCUUCCUAUUAUGAUUGUAAUAUUUGAAAGUCUCCGAUGCUUUAAGUUGGGUGAACUUAUUUCAUAUUGAUAUUCUAUUAUAUUUUAAG